CCGAAGCCAGAAUAGCAUCGAUCGUAAUUUUUUUUCUUCGACACCAGCUGCAGUUUGGUGAGGGUUUUUUCAAGUUCGAACGAUUUGCAGGAUCACAGAACCUCGGUCAAUGAAAACACUGUUAGUUUGUGCCUACCCACGAGGAGCAACUGCACGAUUCUGAUCCGCUCGAUAACAGUUUUAACUUUUACAGAAAGUUCCGGGUUUUUGAACGCUACGGAUGGAAUCUUUAGCUUUCCAUCCAUAAUGACUCUUCAACGUUUGUAUAAAUUCUGAUGAACAUUUAGUGAUUAAAAAAAAAACAUGUGAAGCGAAAAGCAAUAACUGGAAUCAGAAGUAGAAAGUUUUUUAAAAUUUUGUCGGAGGAAAGGAUAAACUAUGCCAUUACGUAUUUAUCCGCGCCACAAACCAAGAUGUCGCACGCAACGAUGUCGCGCAACAAACUCAAUGAUGCGUGCUACUUAAUGCUACUGGUGGCGGUAGCUUUCAGUUUAGUCGCAUCAUCGCAUCAUUCUGCUAAACAUGCUCGGAAGGAUAAACGCAGUGUGUUUUACGUCAAAUACAACUCCAGCGAACGCCUGCUGAAGGCAGGUUCAGAGAAGCCCUCAGUCAAAACCAAUGAACAGGAUGCUCCUCGCACCAGACCACACUUUAGUGUUUCGAAAACCGCGAAUGUUGCCUUUGACCCAGUUAAAUAUGCAUGUGAUGAGCCAAGCUCAACCGAUUGUAUCAAUAAAACUAGAAUUUUCAAGUCGAAAGUGAUAUCCGAAUUUCGUAGGGUACUCAAAGAAUCGUUUGAGGAAAAUGACUACUAUCAGGUACGAUAUCAGCGGGUGAAAAGCGAUGAGUUAGACGUUUGCCGAUUACGGCGAGCCUCGGUACGAACCGUAUCUUGGAGAGAUUCACCGUUUGAUUGGAAUGAAAUCGGCAGCUACAUACCGGUGGGACCGUUGUUCAGUCAGAGGAAUGCCAGCUGCGCCGUGAUUGCCAGUGCUGGCUCGUUGAAAGGGUCGAAGCUGGGUACGUUCAUAGAUCAGCACGAUAUCGUCAUGAGAUUUAAUAAUGCACCGACGAGAAAGUACGAAAUGGAUGUGGGAUCGAAAACCACGGUACGAGUGGUCAACUCACAGGUGGUGUCAAAACCCGAGUUCAAACUACUAACGGCCAAACUGUUUCGAAACAUUUCGAUUGCGGCUUGGGAUCCUGGAAAGUUUAAUCAAAGUCUAAAGGAUUGGAUCAAGAAACCGGAUUUCAAUCUUUUCGAAAACUUCAAAAAGUACCAUGAAAAGUACUCAGGAUCUAAUUUUCAUCUGGUGGACCCUCGCAGUAUUUGGCGAGCUUGGACCGCCCUGCAGGAUAAAACCGACAUCAAAAUUAUGCGCAAUCCUCCCACUUCCGGAUUCAUUGGUCUAGGUUUGCUGAUGCCAGCUUGUCGGUUCGUCGAUAUGAUCGAGUACAUCCCGAGCAGUCGCAUGAAUGGCCUCUGCCACUACUACGACUCAGAGAUCAACUCGGUUUGCACUUUCGGCUCGUGGCAUCCACUGGCUGCGGAGAAAUUGUUUGUUCUACGGAUGAACAAUGCCAGUGACUUCAACACCUUUCAGCGGGGGAUCGUUCGCAUCCGGCUGGACAGCGGUGUUUGUUGAUGUGGAAUAGUGCAGCAGCAGGGGCAAAUGUGUCGCUGUCUGCACCCUCCCGAGGAUGAAUGAUCGUGUAAUCGAUACCGGAGAAUGCCAAGGAUGAUCGUGAUUUCCCGCUUAAUAGGAAUACGAAUGUGCGACUAGGUGUAUUUAUUCUUUGCAGUGCGCUAUGAGGGUAAUUAGUUGUAAGUUCGGUAAAUUUAUAGGAUUUUAUGGUGCACUUAGAACAUCACAGCAAAAAAAUAACAGCUCGAGAUGCAGUUGAAUUUGAAAUGAUUUUUCUUCAAAAAUAUGUACUAAAUUCACAUCACAUAGCGACAUGAAGCCAUGUAAAAAUCACUUCAAUCAUUUGUUUGCAUUUAUAUAAUAAUCAUCGGUUUGAAAUACACGCAUUGAGAUAACA